AUGGAUGAAGGGAAUACCAAUUCGGCUCACGGCCUUGCUGGAAUGCCGAAAGCAAAAGGCCUCGGGCAGAGUAGGAAAUGGAAAGCCAUGAAGGAUCUCAAGAAGACAGACCCAGACCUGGCCCAGCACUUAGCAGAGGACGCUGAAGCCUCCAGCAAAAUUUCGGCUUUGCGGGAGCAACAAGCAGAAGGAAAGGACGCAAUGCAUGCUCAUCAACCGGAAGCCAGUCAACCGGUAGUGGAGAAGCCGCGCAUCGAGCUUGCGUCGCAGUACGACAGUUCCGCACGUCAGGUCCUGCGCGAUGAGUCGCAAGAACCACGCAAGAGUAAGGCAACAGCAGACCGCGCUGAUGACGCUGCUAGUCACGACGUAGAUCAUGCUACGGCCGCUAGCAGCGAGGAAACCCAUCGUCCGCGAUGA